AUGGCUGUUCCAUUGCUGGAGAGAGAGUGGUCUCCAGCAUCUACGCAAACGACCGACACCAUUGAGCCAAAGUGGCAGGUACGAUUCAAUGAUGGCAAAAGGCGCAACAGCAGGCACUCGCUCUUGAGUCGGAUUUGGUACUGGCAGUCUCGACCGUCUAUGCGAGAUGAUCACUACACUCACGACUACUAUGCGGCACCAUUGGACGAUGACGAUGACUCUGAGGAUCUGCCCAAGCCUACACUGGCGAGACAGCCACGAGGAGUGAACUAUUCUCCUAUGCUGCGUUGGCUGAGGCGCUCCCUGCUCCGGCUGCCGUUGUACAUACUUAUGCUGUUCGGCAUCCUGCAUCUGAUAUUAGUCGUCUACGGCCGCAAGCCGCUACUCUGGGAUAACCGCAAGGAUGAUGUCGAGAUACCGGACUGGGCGACAGAUCUUCAGGCUUUAACGCACUACGCGACAGACCCAACGCGGGAUGUGCAACCAAUACCAUGCCAUUCACAUAAUGACUAUUGGCGGCGGAUACCGCUAUUCGAUGCACUGCGCUACGGCUGCACCAGCGUUGAAGCAGAUGUCUGGGGCUACGAUGAGAAUGACGACCUAUUCGUAGGCCACAGCACAGCCUCACUAACGCCUACGAGGACUUUCAAGGGACUAUACGUAGAUCCGCUCGUGAAGUUGUUGGACAAGAUGAACCCUUCGACAAGCUUCGGCGACACGAAAGGCCACGGUGUCUUCGACGAAGACCCACACCAGACGCUCGUCCUCCUGGUUGACUUCAAGACCGAAGGCCACACACUCUUUCAACGUGUCCAGGAACAGCUCGAGCCUCUCCGCAAGCGAAACUACCUGACAUACUGGAACGGCGACAAAGUCAUCUCCCGCGCGAUAACGGUUGUAGGCACAGGCGAGACACCCUUUGACCUCAUAAUCGCCAACCAGACCUACCGCGACAUCUUCUUCGACGCCCCACUGGAGCUGAUGUACGAGCCGCCCUCGGGUGGAGGCCAAGUCCACGCAGCAGUCAUGCCCCACGAUGGCAAGGAAAAGAAAAGAGGCCAAGGCCAAGAAGGCACCGCCCACCUCACUGCCGACGCCUUCAACGCAAGCAACUCCUACUACGCCAGCGUCUCAAUGACUUCCGCCAUCGGCAUCCCCUGGUCCGGCCGCUUCUCCGCGCACCAGCUCGAGCGGAUCCGUGGGCAGAUCCGUGGUGCCCAGCAAAGAGGCCUGAAGGCGAGGUACUGGGAGACGCCGGCCUGGCCGACGAGCUUGAGGAAUUACGUCUGGGAGUUAUUGGUGAGGGAGGGGACGGACAUGUUGAAUGUGGAUCACUUGAAAGCCGCUGUGAGUAAGGAUUGGGGGAGGGUGGGGCAUGGCUUGUUUGAUGCUUGA